CCAAGCUUCGACCCACGAAUUCCGAACACCUUCCGACAUCCCUAAGUUCCAAAGCUCUGAAAGCUUAUCCACAUUUCACAACGAAAACUUCCCACCAUACUCGCAUCCACCUCCUGUCUCUUCCAUUACAUCCGAAUCCUCAAGAUACCCAGCGGCUAUGACAUCAGGAGUCCCCAACGGCGAAUCCUCCAUAGAGCCCGUCGAGGUCUCCUUCCCCCUCCCCCGCGCCCCGCAAACAAACAUCCACCUCCAACUCACCAACAACAAAACUUCGCUCCUUGUCUUCCUCACGACCGCAGCUGCGGAUCAUACAUCCUUAUCAGCGCCGCUCGGGUCUUUCGUCUACGCAAUGCCGAACCUUCGCGGCAACCCCGCCGAUGCACUAUCUACGCCAUUGUACACACAUAGUGGGAAUCUCGAUUUCACGACGAGGUUGGCCAAAUUGCUUGCCAGGAAGGCGGGAAAGCCGGUGUAUGUCGGCAAUUCGAUAAGUUUCGCUAACGCAGGAAUGGGCGGAACGGUUGAAGAGGAGAUGGAGGGGUUUAGGAGGUGUGUGGAGGUUAUCGUAGGGCUUGUGCAAGACCAGCAAUCAUGAAGACUGCCAUGCCAUUGUCUUAAGGGCAAAACCCGCGAUAGCGCGGAAAAAGCUGCAUAGAAGGAUGAAAGUUCACAUUGGGCGGAUGGAAGAAUCAAUUGCACAAAAAGCGAUUGGGAGU